AAUGUCAAAACAUACCCAUAUGGGAUAAUAUCUAUAAAUACAUCGAAAGUAAGUCUUUAGCAUUUAUAUAUAGAUCACAAGCACUUAUAGCUGUUAGUUCAAUCAAAUUCUAUAAUGGCAGAGAACACAAUCGUUAAAGAGGUACUAGAAAAAACUGAAUGUGCCCUUGAGAGAGUGUGUGUCAGUUGUGAGAAGGAAACAGCUGCUACAGCCUACUGCAAUGAUUGUAAGGGGUUUAUCUGCGAUGAGUGUAGGACCAUUCAUAACAAAGUGAAAAUACUAAAGACCCAUAGUAUUACCAGCCUAUCACAGGAACAAGAGAAUCUGAUCAAUUCCAAUUGCUCCACACACCCAAAACAGGCAAUCAAGCUAUUCUGUGAAACUUGCAACGAGCUAUUAUGCGAUGAAUGUACUUGUGCUGAUCACUCAAAUCACGUAUGUGUCACAAUACAAGAGGUAUUUUCUAAAAAUAGGAUUGAGAUCAGCAAAGCAUUGAAACCAGUCAAAGAGAGUGCCUCAAAAGCUGAUUCCAAAUUGAAAUCUAUCGAGAGAAGGCAAGAGAAGAUCACUAAGCAAAGUGCCAUGCUGGAAGCAGAUAUAGAGGGAGAAAUUGAGCAACUCAAGUGCCUACUCGACCAACUCAAAGCUAAGCGGGUAGGAGAGCUGAAGAAACUGACUCAUGAAACAAUGCAAACUCUCAACGAACAGAAAAUAAAAGCCGAGACUAUUCAAAAAGAUCUCUAUAGCUGCGAACAGGCUGUAGAAACGAAGAUGAAGAAUAUGAAAGAUGUCGUUCAAGCAAAAGACAUCACUAUCAGUGAUAUCCAACGCACCAUUGUUGAGCAUGAAAAGGACGCCUCUCAACCCGAGAUAGCUUGGAAUUUUGAACUAAAACUAGAUGAGAAGAAAAGUGUUGUGCAAGCUUGUCAACAGCUGUUCGAAAUUAUCGAAACGGAUAUAAUCUGUACAGAAAACAGCCACAUACAGGUAUCUGAAGGUGGUUUAGAAGGUGCAACAAUUGGAAAAACAAGUACUGUGGUUUUUAAAGCACAAACAAAGAAGAAGAGAAGCUACGAAGGCAGCUUAGAGCUCAAGGCAAAUCUAGUUCACGUAAAAAGCCGAAAAAGCCAAAAAAGCUGUGUAGCUAAUUUACAAAAUGGCCGCCAUAGCAUUGGCUAUCGUCCAAUGAACCGAGGAAUACAUGAGCUUCAUGUCACUGCUAAUGGGGACCCUAUAAAAGGGAGUCCAUUCCAAGUAGUCGUACCAUUAUCACCACAAAGCUUUGGCAGACCAAGCAAAGUAAUCAGCUCAUUCGAUCCGAAUGGAGCAACUGUUGACAACCGAGGACGAAUGGUAGUUAUCGAGAGUAACGGGCAUUCUGUUUCUGUAUUGACUACAGAAGGUGAAAAAGGAAAAGGAUUUGGUACAGCAGGAUCAGGAGAUGGACAACUUCACGAUGCGUUUGGUGUUACUGUGGAUACAGAUGACAACAUCUAUGUAGCAGAUUGUGGAAAUAAUCGUGUGCAAAAAUUUGAUUCACAAGGAGUGUUUAUAUCAAAAGUUGGUACUUCAGGAAGUGGUAGCCUGCAGUUCAGUAGGCCAGUCGACAUCUGUUUCAAUCACCAUGACAAUCAUUUGUACGUUGUUGAUAGCAAUAACCACAGAAUACAAGUGCUCUCCACAAAACUCGAACAUAAAAGAUCAAUCGGGUCGAAAGGAAUAAAAAGCGAACAGCUUAAAAAUCCUCGUUGCAUUGCCUUUGAUAGUGCCAAUAACUUGUACGUUUCUGACCAUAGCAACAAUUGUGUGAAAGUUUUCACGACUGAAGGUAAAUUCCUCCGAUCUUUUGCACAAAAAUCGCACAGUGAUAAACUAAAACAUCCGUAUGGUAUCGCCAUUGACAGCAAUGACACAGUGUACGUCAGUGAGAAUGGUCCGAAUUUAUAUGGUCCCCAUUAUGUAAGUGUUUUCAAGUCCGAAGGAGCCUACAUCACAACAUUCGGGGGAAACGGUUCGGAACAAGCAAAGUUCAAAAACAUCUUUGGAAUGGCCGUCGAUCUCAAUGAUUCUUUAGUAGUGGCCGAUAAAGGAAACAAUAGAUUACAGAUAUUUUCAGUACGAACAUUUGGUACAAAAGGAUCGGGAAACGGACAACUUAGCGGUGCACAUGGUGUGACUGUGGACAAAGACGACAAUGUCUAUGUAGCAGAUUAUGGAAAUCAUCGCAUACAAAAAUUCGAUUCACAAGGAGUGUUUGUAUCAAAAGUCGGUACUUCAGGAAGCGGUAGUCUGCAGUUCAAGUGGCCAUAUGGCAUCUGUUUCAAUCACCAUGACAACUACCUGUAUGUCACAGACAGCUAUAAUCACAGAAUACAAGUGCUCUCCACAGAAUUCAAACAUGUACGAUCAUUUGGGUCUUGUGGAGAAGGAAGCGAACAAUUUCAAUAUCCUUAUUGCAUUGCCUUUGAUAGUGCCAACAACUUGUAUGUUUCUGACCACACCAACAAAUGUGUGAAAGUCUUCACAGUAAAAGGCCAGUUUCUACGAUCAUUUGCACAAAAAGCGAACGGUGAAAAGCUAAGCGGUCCGUACAGUCUUGCCAUUGACAGCAAUGACACAGUGUACGUCAGUGAGAACGGUCCGCAUUAUGUAAGCGUCUUCAACUCUCAGGGAGCCUACAUCACAACUUUCGGGGGAGAAGGUUCCGAUCAAACAAAGUUCAGAUCUAUCUAUGGAAUGGCCGUCGAUCACAACGAUUCUUUAGUAGUGGCCGAUAAAGGAAACAAUAGACUACAGAUAUUUUAAACAACAAGCCUUGAACUGCAUGUAUACGUAGCUAUGUAUUUAUCAGAUGAUAAUU